AUGGACUACUCUGCCCAGGUGUUUCUCUUUGGGUAUGCAACCGCCGCCUACCAGAUCGAAGGCUCCCCGAGCGCUUUAAACCGCACUCCGUCCAUCUGGGACACCUUCACGCACCCAGACCCCGCGUCGGGCGUUAAGCACACCGCGGACGGUCUUUCUGGAGACGUCGCUACUGAUUCAUUGAAUCGCUGGAAGGAAGACAUCGCGCUCCUCAAGUCGUAUGGCGCCAAUUCGUACAGGUUCUCCGUUUCUUGGACCCGUAUCAUAGAUUUCACGGGGGAGAAGAAGGGUAAGGAUGCGGGUGGGUUAGAUCCACCCAACGAGGCGGGAAUCAAGUUUUACAGGGAAUUCCUCGAGGAGCUCAUUCGGAACGGUAUCACCCCCGCUAUUACCUUGUAUCACUGGGACCUCCCCCAAGCGCUGGAGGUUCGCUAUGGAGGUUGGCGUGACAAGCGUAUUGUCGAGGAUUUCGCACACUUUGCCAAGGCCUGCUUCAACGCAUUCGGAGAUCUCGUUAAGCAUUGGAUAACCCUCAAUGAGCCGUGGUGUGUUGCCGUCCUCGGAUACGGGUAUGGCGUCUUUGCGCCCGGAAGGUCGAGCGACCGAGCGAAGUCUCCGGAGGGAAACUCGUCCACUGAGCCCUGGAUUGUGGCGCACAACCUCAUCCUCUCCCACGCGUACGCCGUCAAGUAUUUCCGCGAGAAUAUCAAACCUGUCCACGGAGGAGAAAUUGCUGUCACUCUGGACUCCCUCUGGUGCAUUCCCUACGAUGACAAGCCUGAGACUGCUCAAGUUGCCCAACGAGGGAUGGACGCCCGUCUAGGCUGGUUUGCCGAUCCGAUUUACAAAGGGCACUACCCAGCAUCACUUAAGGCGAUGUUGGGUAACCGCCUCCCGGAUUUCUCUGCGGAAGAAAUCGCUGUUGUGAAGGGCUCGUCUGAUUUCUUUGGUCUGAAUACGUAUACGAGCAACCUCGUCCAGGAAGGCGGAACCGAAGAAUUCAAUGGGAAGAUCAAGACGACUUUUACCCGUCCCGAUGGUACGCAACUCGGAACCCAAGCGCAAGUGCCUUGGCUCCAAGCAUACGCUCCUGGAUUUAGAUCGCUGUUGAACUAUCUCUGGAAGACGUACAACAAACCGAUCUACGUUACAGAGAACGGAUUCGCAGCGAAGGGCGACGUGGCUCUCCCACGAGAGGAGGCCGUUCACGAUACCGAUCGAGUUGAAUACUACCGCGGAUAUACCAGUGCGAUUUUAGAGGCUAUACACCAGGAUGGUGUCCCGGUAAAAUCAUACUUUGCUUGGAGUCUUUUGGAUAAUUUUGAAUGGGCAGAGGGGUACACAGUGCGCUUCGGCGUCACCUACGUGGACUAUGAAACGCAGAAGCGCUAUCCGAAGGACUCUGCUCGGUUCUUGAAGAAGUGGUACGAAGAUCACCGACAGGUCCCGGAGUAA